CGUCGUCGAUUGCUCAACGUGACCUUGUGAGGCGGCCGAAUCGACGAAGAAUUGCGCAGGAGUCAUUCGCAUCUUAAUCCUCUCUGGUAAUAUCGCAAGUCAUAAUUGCACGGCGCUGGUCAUCUCAACGCGGGGCAAUUAAUUAGAUUCGCGAUCGUCGUGAGAUAGUGCAUCUCGGAUUUGACAGCGAUUUGAUUGCGCCAUAAAGCUGUAACCGUGUGCAUCACCUUGUAUCGCGCAGAGUGUAGCGCGCGCGAUUCCACCGGUGUCUAAUAAUACAGUGCGUCGCGUGUGUACCGGAGGAAGACGGUUCAUAUUACUGGCGUCCGCUUCCCCAUGCCAGUUACGGGUCGACAAUCGCAAACUCGAAGGAAGUAAUUCGGAUAAAUUAUGGCGCCCAUUCCGAAGUAUAAAGUUACGCAUUCGGGAAGACUUGGCAGAUACCUCGUAGCAGCUAAAAAUAUAGCGGCAGGAGAAGUCAUCAUUCGCGAGGAACCGAUCGCGGUCGGUCCGAUGACGUACAGGAAGGACCGCUUGUGCUUUGCAUGCCUGCGCUCGUUAUCGAAGAUCGGAAGACAAUACGUUUGCUCUAGAUGUAACCUCGCGCCGCUGUGCAGCGUAGCGUGCGAGACGCGGACGAAGCAUCAUACGAGCGACGAGUGCUUGAUACUCGGGGAGAAUCGAGAUCUCCUGGCGAAGAACGGAAUCGACGCGACGGGGAUUUUGUUGGCGCUGCGAUUAUGGCUGAUAAAAUGUAGGAAUCCGGCUGUGUGGGAACAGGUAGACCACAUGGAGGACCAUCUGCACGAGAGGAUGGGUACGCCCGUCUGGAAGGACAGAGAAGUCAAUGUGGUGAAUGUGAUUCGAAUGCUCCGCGUACCUGAUGGAAUCGAGCCACCCAGUGCGGAAUUAAUGCAGAAAUUGUGCGGCAUUUUAGACGUGAAUACCUUCGAGCUGCGAUCACCCGGUGCUCUCGAUGGUCUUCUUCUUCGGGGUUUAUAUGUUGAGGCAGCCCUGAUGGCUCACGACUGCAGAGGCAACACUCAUCUCACCGUGGACGAUGAUUUCCGGUUGACCGUUUAUGCGAGCGUGGCAAUCGGGGAAAACGAGCCUAUUCUUUUCAAUUACACUUCGUCGCUGCUGGGCACAGCCGACAGAAGAGAGCAUCUUCGCGAGGGCAAGUACUUCGAAUGCGAAUGCGAUUUGUGUAAGGACUCUUGCGAGUUGCAGUCGCACUUGAGCAGUUUGCUGUGCCCACGUUGCAAGAAGGGAUUCAUAGAAAUGCAAGAUACUUCAAUCGUCGACCCGUAUGCGCGGGAGAGUCGAUGGCAGUGUCAGACAUGCAAGCGGACCUACGGCGGCCGUCUUAUCAGAGCUACGCUGAAUAUCUGUAGGACGCUCAUCGAGGAGUGCGAGGACAUCGAUAUAAAAAGUCUAGAUGGCUUGCUUAAAAAAUUAUCCCGAUCGUUGCACACCAAUCACUUCCUGAUGCUGUCCUUGAAGCAGAAGUUACUGGCGACAUGCAGGAAAGAGAUGACAUCUCCAAAUCCUCAGAAGAAGAUUAUACAAAAGAUGUUGGACACGUGUAAAGAAAUCUACAGCGUAUUGGAUAUAGUGGAGCCGGGCAUAUCGCGUUUGAAAGGCAUAAUGUUAUACGAAAUGCAUUUGCCCAUGAUAAUAUUGGCGAAUCGAUCAUACUCCGCUCGCGAGAUUUCGUCCACACAAUUGGCGUGUCAACUAGAAGAGGCCAGAGAUCUUCUAAAGAAAGCUCUGACUAUGCUUCUCUUGGAGCCUGCAACAACUCCGGAAGGGAAAUUGGCUAAGCGAGCGCUGGAAGAAUUACGAACGCUAAAUCAGAACAUAGGCGAUGUGAAAUCUCUACCACCGGAAGAAACGAAAGUCCAUGUGCGUAGAGCGAAAGAGAACCACAAGAAGAUCAAGUAACAUGUCACGAUGAACGGGAUAUUUCUCUUUAUAAGUUAUUAUUAUUAUUAUUAUUAUUAUUGUUAAUAUAUGAUAAUUACUCAAUUGUCGUGUAAUGACAUACUGUCGUGAGAAAAAAAAUUAUCUGUUACUGCGUAAUAAUAAUAACA